AUGCCGCCUCUCCAGUUCUACGUCUACCGGCGCUCCGGGGCCCUGCUGUACUUCCGCGCCUUCGAGCACGCUGAUGACGCCCCGAUGGACAUGUUGGCCGGGCUACUUUUUGCUCUGCGACGCAGUUCAGUAGCCUUGACGCCGGGCGAGGACGCCCGGUUGGAGUUCUUCAAAACAGAUACCUACACCUGUCACAUUUACGAGACUGCAAGUGGAUACUGGUUCGUCUUUUUGACGAGGCCCGAGAGCAAGCCUCUCAGCGACGAACUGCAGGCCAUCUACCGAGAUAUCUUUGUUCCCACGGUAGUGAAGAAUUUAGAGUGGAUACCGGCGACAUCCUUCCAAAACAACGAGGCAUUUACCCAUGCUCUAGACCUUGUAGUCAAAAACAUGCCCGACUAG